AUGGAUGGACAUCUAAAUACGGACUGUUUCCCCUCGAUAGAUAGUUUCCCUCUUCGUACUCAGUUUCUCAUCAACACUGGCACUCUAGAUAGUGAAUAUCACUCAUUUGGAUUGGUCUAUUGCAUUCAUACAAUCAUGACGAGAAAGACCAAUAGAAAUGCUGCCUUAACCAUCGCACAGUCCACUAUCGGCAACAGUCUGGGUCCUUUUGUGACAACCGUGCUAAUCAAACUAUACACCAGCACCCAUGUGUGGUAUCCAGACAUCCUACCCAAGACAAGUGGCAUUCUUGUCCCGCAACUCGGUCGUGAUCCUGCAAUGGUACUUGGCUGGGCCUGGUCACUCUUGCAUGAGUAUACAAAUUAG